AUGAUUUGGUUUCUCAUAACCCUGUUUGUUAGUAGCCUAACGAUAAAAGGAGUCCUUGAAAUCACUCAGAUGUACCUCGGUUAUCCCAGUGAAGAUAUUCUGUAUAGCAGGGAGGAAUUGGUAACAUUUCCAUCAGUUACAGUUUGUGGGGUAAAACCUGUUUUCACAGUUGGGCAUAUUGGAAAACACUAUCGUCCUUCAACACAAACGGGCGAUACCGACAGUGCUUGGAUAUAUCAUGAUUACCGUCUAAAAAUGUUGGAAUCUCGAGCUUUUUCAGAUGAAAAGGAGAAAGAUCAGGAAUGCAUUAAUGCUGUUAUGCGAAGAAUAGUUUCCAAAGAAAGAUAUAUAGAAAACCUUCACGACUGGAACAAUUAUCGACUCAGAAUGUAUGACGACCUCAUUUUAGAAUGUCGCUUUAAAGGGAAACCAUGUGACAAAAGAGAUUUUAAACAAGUACUGCUUGGACGCUAUGGCAACUGUUUUAUGUUCCAACCAAAUUCCAAAGAUGGCAGGGAUAUCUUAAGUGAACCUGGGCCAGAUGUUGGUUUGAACCUAAUGUUGUUCACAAACGGCUACUCGCCUCUGGAUGAAUUUACAGCUUCAGAUACAUUUAAAGUUUUUAGACUGACAACCUCUACUGACUCAUCAAUACUUGACGAAUUCAACAGUGAAUUUUCAACAGCAAGCGAUGGAAUCAGGUUAUUCAUUCAUGCUCCUGGGACUAUGCCUGAUCCUGAAAAGGAUGGAAUUGACCUUUCCGCUGGAACAUUCAGUUCUAUUGGUCUCGCACAAGAUGUACGCACUUUAUUGGAACCCCCACAUGGACAUUGCACAAAAGAACGAUUCAACAAACACACAACCUACACGUAUACUCAGAACAUGUGCCUCAGACAAUGUCAGCAGAUUGAAACAAUAAAAAGAUGUAAAUGCAUGAAUCCAAAACUCCCUUUACCACCACAUGCCGAGAAAGCACAUACAAUCCAAUAUUGCGGAUACAAAAUGAGACAGGAAUACGUAAAGGAAUCUACAAGGGAACAAACUUAUGGUAAAUAUUUCGAAUCAGAAGAAGUCCAAUUUGACUGGAAAAUAUUCAAUGAAAACUUUCAAUUGUAUGAGUGUGAAAAGGAAGUAGCAGAACUGUUUUCUCUUGGUGGAAAGAACUGUGGUUGUAAGCGAGAAUGUAAAAGCACGGUGUAUUAUCACUUAAAACACUCGAUUCCAUGGCCAAAUGAAAAAUAUUAUAAAGGUCUCAAACAAAGAAAUUUCAUAUCGUUCCUGAGAAACCAUCCAAAAGUAGGUCAAUUUCUGAACAAAACUUAUUGGUCAGGGACAGGACUAAGUCGUCUAAAUAUUUGUUUGACGGGACAUAACUUGUUUUCAACUGAAACUUAUGAUUCCGCCGUGCAAAAUGGUGAGUAUCCAUAUCUCACUUGUCCACGGCCCACUUGCAACUUUGAAGAACUUCUGUCGUUGGACAGAUGUUCCCCCAUUAUAAACUGGUACCCAUUUUUCAACAAAUUCAUUGAAACAAACUUCUUGAAAGUUAACGUAUAUUUUAGUACUUUAAAUGUGAACAGAAUUGCUGCAGAGCCUAGCUACCCAUUCAAUAAAUGGUUAUCUGAUUUUGGGGGUAUCAUCGGGAUGAACAUGGGUAUGUCAGUUGUGUCUCUUGUAGAGUUAGGAUACCUAAUGGUAUCAAUGGCCUUUAUUCUUUACUGCAAGCAUAAAAGGGGCAGGUAGACAUCACUUUAGUGUUUGAUAUCGAUUGAUCAGACAUUAUAUGUCUUUUGCAAAAGGGUAUAUGCAGUAUGGUUUCCGAAAUGAUGUACCCUAUCCAAAAGAAAAGGUCAACAAACAUUAUUCGGCAUGAAAACAAUACAUACAUAUAUAUUAUCAAUAAUAUCCACGUGCUCUUUUUGUAAUAUCCGACACUAAGUAUCACACGUGCAGAUGACUUGUGAUAUGUAUUUUUUAUUUUCAUCGUUCAUUUCCAUUUGUACAAUUAUUUCACAUACAUACAAUCAUUUGGAAAUCCUUUUAGCUAUAAAAUGUCCUUACAUAUACAGCUCCUGUUCAAGUAAGCACGCUUUUGGGAUGUUGUCAACAUUAUAACUUUUUUAUGGGCACAGUAUUAUUUACGCAAUUUCAAUAUUUGUUUCUUAAUUGUAUAUAUAGAGGAUAUCCUAUGAUUUAUGAGUGAUAU